CGAUUAGACCAUUUAGUACAAUUUGAAUAAGGGUUGAAAAAGACCCUAUAAAAUGUAUUGAUGGGUAUUUCUAAAACCUGAAGUUAAAUUAUUUUGCGCAAGUUUUAUAGGCCUUAUCGUAUCUAUCAAGGAUCCGUAUCAUUAAAAUGAAGACCCUAUUCAGCUUACUGGCGCUAGCCGUGAUCGCCCAGAGCGCUGUUUUGGUGGACAAGAGCGCGACGGCACGAAACAACAUUAACAUCGGCGCUGUUUACCCCGGCGACCGGCUGUUGUCCAGAUCGUAUGUCUAUAAGCCCGCAAUAGCCAACACCAUACAGUACGAAGACUUCAUCUACCGUGGCAACGCCUCUACCAGGAUAUCAGCCAUCCUAGCCACAGAACAGGGCUACUACACGCAGCGCCCUAGCAUCUGGAUCAGGAGCGGUGGUCUGGGCUAUCCCAAUGUGACCUUAAGUGUCCAGUCCUUGAGGGGCUAUGGUUAUUAUUAUUUGAUCGAUAUUUGGGGUCGAUAAAUCUGUACCUGUUUGAUUUAAGUGCAAGUUUAUAAUCAGGAAUUAACCAUUUUUUUAAUGUAGCUAAAAGUUUCUGAUUUACAUUGGUUUCCGUUUAUUAAAGUAUUUAUCUACCUACGAUACGCCCAGUUAAUGUUGAAGGUACAAGUACAAACAGACAACAUUUAAAAUUGAAGUCGAUUAAUUCCAUUUUGAUAAUUUGAUAAAUUAUUUGUGAAACUAAGUAUCUCGACUAUGAAAUAUAUGUGAAAAAUGUAAAUAAAUGGAAUUUAUAUAUAUAAAUAUCUAAGUUAAGAA